CUGUGCCAUUGUCACACAGCUUCCUUCCCAAAUAGACCCGUCCUUGAACCCCCCCUCCUACCCAAAGAUGAAGAGACCUUCUCCCGCCACAUGAAUUGACAUGAAGGCUUCUGCGGCAAAAGACACUCACCUCUAGCAGACAUGCCGGGGUCAUUGUAUGAAAGCUCCAACCUGGAUCAAGGCGGAAACAGGAAGAAGAAGAUAGAGGAAUUCUCUAGGUCUUCUCGGGAGAAAUUAGUCCAGUCGAAGAACAGGAUGUUCUCCAAAUUUACAUCCAUUCUCCAGCAUGCCGUGGAAGCGCUCGCCCCCUCGCUGCCGCUGCAGGAGGACUUUGUCUAUCACUGGAAGGCCAUUACACAUUAUUACAUUGAGACUUCAGAUGACAAAGCUCCAGUUACCGACACCAACAUCCCAUCCCACCUGGAACAGAUGCUUGACAUUCUGAGUCAGGAGGAAGGGGAACGGGAGUCUGGAGAGACAGGACCCUGCAUGGAGUAUCUUCUACACCAUAAGAUCCUGGAGACUCUUUACACUUUGGGCAAAGCAGAUUGUCCUCCAGGAAUGAAGCAGCAGGUUCUGACAUUCUACACAAAGCUGCUUGCACACAUCCGUCAGCCUCUCCUGCCACAUAUCAAUGUUCACAGACCAGUUCAGAAACUGGUCCGUUUAUGUGGGGACGUACUUGCUGCUCCGACAGAAAAUGAGGAGAUUCAGUUUCUCUGUAUAGUUUGUGCCAAACUGAAGCAGGAUCCAUAUCUUGUCAACUUCUUUCUGGAGAACAAGUCCAGAAGAAAUGAGACAAAGAAUCCUGGCGGGGCGGAUGGUGAGAAGGAGAACACGUUGGCUCCAGACACGGGUCAAGAAAAUGCAGCCUGCAGUGAGGAGACGCAAGCUGCUUCCUGCAGCUCUAGUCCAACCAACAACAACAACAAUAACAAUUAUAAUCUAGUUACCUCCCUGCUCAACCUCACAAAGAGCCCUGAUGGCAGGAUUGUGGUGAAGGCUUGUGAAGGCCUUAUGCUGCUGGUCAGUUUACCAGAACCUGCCGCUGCCAGGUGUUUAACUGAGAACACAGAGCUCUGUGAGCUUCUAACCGAGAGGCUGGUCACCCUCUACAAAGCCCUUCCACCAUCCAUGGACCCUUUGGACAUCGAGACGGUGGAGUCUAUUAACUGGGGUCUUGAUGUAUAUAACGUGAAGGAGGAUGCUGCAGUGUUUGCAGGGAAGAGGCCUCUCAUCUCCUUCCUCUCUUGGCUGGAUUACUGUGACCAGCUUAUCAAAGAGGCUCAGAAGUCAGCGGCCUCUGUGAUGGCCAAGGCAGUGCGAGAAAGAUUCUUUACGUCUGUGAUGGAGCCGCAGCUUAUGCAAACGUCUGAAGUGGGCAUCCUGACAUCAACAGCCAUGCUGAACAGAAUCAUCAGGCAGGUGACGUCAGAGGCGCUACUGCGGGAGAUGGUGUACUUCCUGUUGGGAGAGGACACCGAAGCUGAGACUCCUGCUGCUGUUGCUCAGAAUCCACUCAGGCAUAGACUCAUCGAGCACUGUGACCACCUGUCAGAUGAGAUUAGCAUCAUGACACUGCGGCUCUUUGAGCAGCUCAUCCAGAAGCCCGACCAGCACAUCCUACACAGUUUAGUGCUGCGUAACCUGGAGGAGAGGAACUACCUGGAGAACAAACCACCGGAGGAACGAGAACCCAUUGAAAAUGGCCAGCCUCAUGAUUCUGUUGACCUUGAAGAGGAUCCACUCUUUGGUGAUGACCUCUCUCCAGAUAGCAGACUCUCUGGUUCUGAUUGGCUCAGCACCUCACCGUCCCAAAGUCCAGACCACUCAAAGUCUGAAGGGAAAACUGAAGUCCACAAGAUUGUCAACAGUUUCUUGUGUUUGGUACCCGAUGAGGCGAAGUCAUCGUACCAGGUGGAAGGCAGUGGCUAUGACACCUACCUCAGAGAUGCACAUAGACAGUUCCGAGAUUACUGUGGAGUGUGUCAUCGCUGGGACUGGAGAGGAACACCAAAACCUUUUGAAAAAUGUGACUUAGAACUCCCAUUUUUUGAGGGCCACUUCCUGAAGGUCCUCUUUGAUCGGAUGGGUCGCAUUUUAGAUCAGCCCUAUGACGUCAACCUACAGGUGACUGCAGUUCUGUCCAAACUGUCUUUGUUGCCGCACCCCCACCUGCACGAGUACCUGCUGGACCCCUACAUCAACCUGGCUCCCGGGUGCAGGUCUUUGUUCUCCGUCAUCGUCAGGGUGGUUGGGGACCUCAUGUUGAGGAUUCAGCGCAUCCCAGACUUCACCCCCAAACUCCUGCUGGUGAGGAAGAGAUUGUUGGGCCUGGAGCCAGAGGGCAUCAAUGUGGACCACAUGACUCUGUUGGAGGGGGUGAUCGUGCUGGAGGAGUUCUGCAAAGAGCUGGCAGCCAUCGCCUUUGUCAAAUACCACGCAACCGCCGCCUCCUCGCCGUAGUCUGGCUGGGGGAGGGAAAAAACGGGCUUUUAGCAGCACCUUUGGCACAAGGUGGGCAAAACAUCGCCACUAAGUGGUCGACUGUGCUGGGCGGCGCACGCCCCCACACGUGCGUCCCUUCGCCCCCAGUUUGUGGUCGUGGAGCAGCUCCAAGCUCACACACUGCCCUUGAGCAAGAGGAAUAAGAUGUGCUGACUGAGCUCUUCAUGUUGUUUCACUGCCAUCGUCCUCACCAGCCAAUCAUCAUCAUCAUCAUGUAAGUAUUGGGUGUGGGUGAAAAGGUGUGUAUUUAUUUGCAAGCAUGGACGUUGUCGCCUUAGUGUGGAAGCACACCUUCUUCUUUGUGGAACAUUUUCACCUUGUUUGCCCCCUCCUCAUAGAGGAGGACCCGCAGUUACACCCUCCUACAUAUGAAUCGUGUAGUAUUUACCGUACUACACACACUUUUAAGUACCAAGUCUAUGUAUUUAUUGCUUUGCUUUCAAAUUGCCUUUUUUUGUUUUUUAAACCAACACGGUAUUCAGAUGGAAUGCUUUUAAAGUCGAGCAUAUGCUCUUUGCUGUGCUUGAAGAUCAAAAGCUUCACUACUGGAGUCACCCAAAGAUGAACACAUCCAACAUGUGUUUAUAUACGUGAUGUAUGUACAUAUACACAGUAUAUAUAUAUAAAUGUAUGUCAUAUUGCACAUGCACCUCUUGGCAUUGCACUUGUUACAUUUUGGUGGGUUUUUAGCUAAUGUCAAGAUGAUAUUUGUACAAAGACACAUGGACUCUCAUGGCUAGUUUUGUAAAGUAAAUGUUCUCCUUCUCACCCAUUGUGGCGUCACUGGGUCCCCUUUGCUUUUGAUGCCUUCUUAUACAAAGUGUUGUAUUGAAAAGCAGUGUUUUUGCUUUGCCUGCGUGGAUGACCCAAAAAUGUAUUUUGUGUUGUUUCUUUUGCGCUGCUUUGGCGGAUUCUUGCCAUCAUUUUUCAGUGAUUUGGACUUUUAUUCAUGUGUCUUAGUGUGAUCAGUGAGCGUGUGACGGCGAGAGAGACCCUAAUCCCUGUGGUCAUGAGCUGUGUACAGGGUCACAUUUGCACAGUUCUUCACCACAAAUGAUGUGUUUUUCUUUCAUCAACCAAAAUCUUACAAAAAAAAACCCCAAUGCAUCACAUUACGAAUAAAUGCAACAUUUUUUGUUAAAUGGUUGAUCAUGCACGUUUAAUAAUCAGCAGCCUUUCCAACAUGUGUCCAGUUAAAUAUUGUAUGUGUACAAUAGCAAUAUAGAAAUACUACCUGGUGUCAAUGCAUGCUUUGUUGGAAGAGCAGAAGGCUGCUUGUUGUCGGUGACACAUGACGAUGCCUUAACUUCCUGUUACUUUCUGUUGUCUCAUUUUGUUUGUUUGAUUUUCUUUGGACUCUGACCGGCCACUGUUGCUUUUAAUUCCAUCGCUGCUUUUCUCCUUCGCAAAACAAGAGGAGUUUUCUUUUAGCUAUUUUGAUUUGUGCAAUGCAGACGUGAAACAAAGGUGCUUGCUCUUCCCUCCUGAGGGAUCGCAAAAGCAGUCAUUUUGUCCUCACUGACUAUUUAUUCAGCGGUCUUCACUUCAGUUCCAUCGUGCUUAGUUACAUUCAGGGCAAUAUGCAUUUUUCCUUUGCAAUAAAAGAUGUAUCUCAGCUUGGUUUUGUUAGGUUGAAUCUUGUUUUUAUUACAAAAUGACUGUACAAUAAAACAAAAAUACACUUGUA